UUUAAAAACAUAUUCUGACACAUGAAUCCAAAUCUAACAUAUUUGACUCAGUUCAAGGUUUGCUUGUUCUUCCUUUUUUGUUAAUAAUUUCAUACUUCAGACUUUUUCUCUUAGCCACCUUAAAUUAUUCACAAUUUUUGAUCCUUUCCUCACAAACCCUUCUAUAUCAAGUUUCAAACUUCGGUUUCUUCAUAUCCAGAAAACCAAAAAACCUUCUUCACACUCUGCAUAUUUUUGUUCAAUUUUUAAUCUAAAGCUUUGAUUUUUAGCUAUAAAUUUGCAUAAUUUUUUGAAUUCUGAUCUGGGUUUUUUCCUUUUUCAUACCUUUACUAAAUAACUUUGAAGAUUUGUUCUUGUAUCUUAUAAAAAUCUCAUUUUUUUGGUUUUUGAUUUUGAGCUAUAAUCAUGGGUGGUUGUUUGAGUAAAAAGGAAUCAAAGCCAGAUCAUAGACACGUUGGUGUUUCUGGUAUUCACAAUCAUAAUCAUAAUCAUAAUCACAAUCACAAUCAUAAUCACAAUCACAAGAAUCAUGAACCUUAUGUGAAUCAAUCAAAAACCCCUUCUCAACAACCUUACCAAUCACCAAACAAACAUGCCCCCCGAAGUCCAAAACCAAUUGUUCAAAGACCAAAUACAAACGCAAUUCUUGGUAAACAAUUUGAAGAUGUGAAACAAAUUUACACACUUGGGAAAGAAUUAGGAAGAGGACAAUUUGGUGUGACUUAUCUUUGUACUGAGAAUUCAACUGGAUUGAAAUAUGCUUGCAAAUCAAUUUCCAAGAGGAAACUUGUUAGUAAAUCUGAUAAAGAAGAUAUAAAGAGGGAGAUUCAAAUCAUGCAACAUAUGAGUGGACAACCAAAUAUUGUUGAGUUUAAAGGUGCUUAUGAGGAUAAAAAUUCAGUUCAUGUUGUAAUGGAACUUUGUGCUGGUGGUGAACUUUUUGACAGGAUUAUUGCUAAGGGAAAGUAUAGUGAAAGAGCUGCAGCUUCAAUUUGUAGACAAAUUGUUAAUGUUGUUCAUAUUUGUCAUUUUAUGGGUGUGAUGCAUAGAGAUUUGAAACCAGAAAAUUUCUUGUUGUCUAGUAAGGAUGAUAAGGCAACUAUCAAGGCCACUGAUUUCGGUUUGUCGGUUUUCAUCGAAGAAGGAAAGGUAUAUCGGGAUAUAGUCGGCAGUGCUUAUUAUGUUGCGCCAGAAGUUCUACGCCGUAAAUAUGGGAAGGAAACAGAUAUAUGGAGUGCAGGAGUUAUAUUGUACAUCUUACUUUGUGGUGUGCCUCCAUUUUGGGCAGAGACGGAAAAGGGAAUAUUUGAUGCCAUAUUGCAAGGUCAUAUUGACUUUGAAAGUCGUCCAUGGCCAAGUAUAUCAAACAGUGCUAAGGAUCUUGUUAGUAGGAUGCUUAUGCAAGAUCCAAAGAAACGUAUCACAGCUUCUCAGGUUCUAGAUCAUCCUUGGCUUAAAGAAGGUGGAAAUGCUUCUGACAAACCAAUAGACAGUGCAGUCCUUUCCAGAAUGAAGCAAUUCAGAGCGAUGAAUAAACUAAAAAAACUCGCCCUCAAGGUUAUUGCUGAGAAUCUUUCUUCAGAAGAGAUCCAAGGUUUGAAGGCAAUGUUUACGAACAUGGACACUGACAAAAGUGGUACAAUCACAUAUGAGGAAUUAAGGGCAGGAUUGCAAAGACUCGGCUCAAAGCUUACUGAAGCGGAAGUGCGGCAGCUUAUGGAAGCUGCUGAUGUAGAUGGAAAUGGAACAAUUGACUACAUAGAAUUCAUCACCGCAACAAUGCAUAGACACAGGUUAGAAAGAGAUGAGCAUCUUUACAAGGCCUUCCAAUAUUUUGAUAAAGACAAUAGUGGUUUUAUUACAAGAGAUGAACUGGAAACAGCCAUGAAAGAAUAUGGUAUGGGCGACGAAGAAACAAUCAGGGAAAUUAUAUCGGAAGUUGAUACGGAUAAUGAUGGUAGAAUUAACUAUGAAGAAUUUUGUACAAUGAUGAGGAGUGGAGUCCAACAACAAGGCAAGCUAUUCUAAAUAAAGCACAAAAUUAUGUCACUAGUUUGGGUACCUACAACCAAGACCAGCAAGUGAAAAAUAUUAAACUUCUUUAGUUUGUGAGAAAGGGCUUCCAAAUUUUUUUUUAAAUCAUAUGAUAAGCAUGUAAAGAUUCUAAUAUACAUUUGUGGUAGUGAAAAAUUAAAAUGCUCUGCUUGAGUGGUUGUCUUAUAUGCUAAGAGCACAUGUUAGCAUUUGCCUAA